AUGAUGAAAAAGAAAAAAAGCCCUAAAGAUAGCGCUAAAAAGGAAAAAGGCCCUAAAGAUGGUGCCAAAAAGGAAAACAUUCAAGUUGAAAAAGAGGACUCCAGAGAAAAAGAAAUCCCUUCAGAUGACCUUGGGGAAACUAUAAAGGAAGACAGCCCUAUAGCUGAUAUUAAGGGCCCUGAAGAUGAGGCUCAAAAGGAAAAAGGCCCUGAAGAUGAUGCUCAAAAGGAAAAAGGCCCAGAAGAUGACGCUCAAAAGGAAAAAGGCCCAGAAGAUGAUGCUCAAAAGGAAAAAGGCCCUGAAGAUGAUGCUCAAAAGGAAAAAGGCCCUGAAGAUGAUGCUCAAAAGGAAAAAGGCCCAGAAGAUGAUGCUAAAAAGGAAAACGGCACUGAAGAUGAUGCUAAAAAGGAAAAAAGCCCUAAAGAUGAUGCUAAAAAGGAAAAAAAGCCCUAA